AUAACAUUGAACACACUUUCUCUAAAUUUGAAGAUUUUCUUUCUCGGUGGUCUGCAGUGCGCGGAACAACUCCGGUUUGAAUCGCGAAUUCUUUUUGGGAAUCCACUCAAAAUGAAAUGUCACUACGAAGUACUUGGUGUGGAACGGUCCGCCGGAGAUGAAGAGAUCAAAAAAGCAUAUCGGAAGCUGGCACUUCGAUGGCAUCCGGAUAAAAAUCUAGACAACACGGAGAAGGCAAAUCAACAGUUUCUGCUGGUGCAAGCAGCGUACGAUGUGUUGUCUGAUAUCCAAGAGCGGGCUUGGUAUGAUAAUCAUCGGGAGCAGAUUCUCCGAGGUGGACAUACAAACUACGAGGACAAUUCAAUAGAUUUGUUCCAAUAUUUCACCGCGUCAUGUUACAAAGGAUUUGGCGACGAUCCAGGUGGAUUUUAUGCCGUUUAUGGUGAGGUGUUUAACACAAUUGCUUCGGAAGAGAUUGAAUUUCUGGAUCGCGAGGAGGAUUUCGAAACGAUUCCCAAAUUCGGAAAUUCAGCGAGCAAUUAUGAGACGGAUGUUCGGUUGUUCUACGGAUUCUGGGAAUGUUUUUUGACGAAGAAAAGUUAUGCUUGGUUGAAUCCGCAUAACAUCAGUGAAAUUCGUGAUAGGAGAAUUUUGAAGGUAAUCGAGAAGGAGAACAAAAAGAUCCAGCAGAAGGCGAGGAAAGAACGAAAUGAAGAAAUCCGAUCGUUGGUGAUGUUCGUGAAGAAGCGUGACAAACGAGUACAGGGUUACAAAAAGCUCUUGGAAGAGAGAGCCGAGCAGAAUAGGAUCAAAUCUCAGCAGAAUCGACUCGAGCAAAUACGACGGAAGCAGAAGGAAAUCGAAGAACAACAGAAAAACUCAUCUAAUAUAUUCAAUGAAGCUUACGAGGAGCAGUUAAGAAAACUGGAAGAAUCUUAUGCUGAUGCUUCCGAAAGUUCAGCUGAUGAGAAUGAAGAAGCGGCCGAAACGAUGCGAGAUGCAAUGAAUGGUUUAAUGAUCAGUCAGGACGAAAACGGAGAGGAACACUUCUAUGUAGAUGAUCUCUAUUGUGUAGCCUGUGAUAAAAUGUUUAACAAUAAGAAGACGUAUGAAAACCAUGAAUCUUCCAAGAAGCACAAACAAAAUGUUGAGUUGCUUAAGAAACAGAUGCGAAAGGAAGAGGAGGAUAGUGAACUGUUGGAUGAUCAACGAUCACAAACGGGCGAUGAUCCCAUAGAAAAAGAAAGCGAAGACGAAGAGGAAAUAGCAGUACAAAAAUCUAGCAAAGGAAAGAAUAAGAAAAAAGCUACUAAAAUGCGACUCCCUUCGGAAAAUGAGGAAAGUCAUGUUGAUUUUCUUUCUUCUGGUGUUCCAAAAAUAGUUGACAGCGAUGAUGAUUGGAGCGGUGCCAAAAAGACGAAGAAGGGGAAAGCUAAAGCGAAAGACAGCGGACAAAAUAAAACUAAAGAAAUAACUAACCCUAUUAAGGAUACUGCAUCCAAGGAAGAGUCGGGGUCUCAACUGGAAGUUGAAGUAGGCAAUAACGAUGAUGACGCGGAUAGAAACGGUACAACGGACCACAAAUGUGUUACAUGUAAUGAAAAGUUCACCUCCAAGAACAAGUUAUUCAACCAUUUGAAGCAAACGGGACACAGCGUUUAUAUUAACAAACAGAAGCCUCAGAAGGCCGAUAGUGAGAGAAGUAAAGGUGGGAAAAGCGGAAAUAAAAGAAACAAAUAAAUAAACCAACAAAUUCCUUUGAA